ACCAGGCGAGCUACCAGGGCAGUGUAGCCAGGGACAAGCGUCUUUCCUCAUGGUUAACCUAGGCCAGUGCCACCACGCCUUUAACUUGAGGCCGGGCACCCCAGCUGCCCUCAGUAAAGAUGGCUGACUGGCGCAGGGAAAAGCCGGAAGUAGUUUGGGCUGAGAGGAGCGGAUAGAGGGCUUUGGGGCGUGGCCUGUAGGCGGGGGCGUGGCCAGUCUCCGUAAUCUGGGUUUGAGGUCUUUGAGGAGCACGCCGGGCAGCCAGCAGCGUCCCCACCGUCUCGCAGGGGCGGGUGCUCCACUGACUCCGCCCCCGCCCAGGUGUCUCCCUCUUGGGAGGUCCCUGCUAAGUCUCCAAGAUUUCUCCCUUGUGUCCUGCCGAACUCUCGGCUCUCCGUGGACGCGUUGUCCCUCCGCGGUUCCCUUGCCCCCUGCGGUCGCCGGCUAGCAGCGAUGGAGGACGCCCCGGAGAACGCCCGGGAGUCUGGCUCGUCCGGCCCCGGGUCCGCAGAGCCCGCGGGUUCUGCCAGGGGCCCCGAGGAGUGGCCUCCCGAGGAGUCGGAGGGCAGCACGCGGCCCCUGGAGGCGGCCCCGAAGAAGCUCUGUGGGUAUUUAAGUAAAUUUGGCGGCAAAGGGCCCAUCCGGGGCUGGAAAUCCCGCUGGUUCUUCUACGACGAGAGGAAAUGUCAUCUCUAUUAUUCGCGGACCGCGCAGGAUGCUAAUCCUUUGGGCAGCAUCGACCUCUCCGGUGCGAUCUUUGACUGCAAGGCUGACGCCGAGGAGGGGACUUUCGAAAUCAAGACUCCCAGCCGGGUUGUGACCCUGAAGGCCGCCACCAAGCAAGUGAUGCUGUACUGGCUGCAGCAGCUGCAGAUGAAGCGCUGGGAGUUCCACAACAGCCCGCCUGCGCCUGAAGCCACCCUGGCUGGGAAUGGGCCCGCCCUGCACCUGGAGCUAGGGCAAGAGGAGGCAGAGCUGGAGGAGUUCCUGUGCCCUGUGAAAACACCCACUGGACUCGUGGGCACAGCAGCAGCCUUGCAGCCAGUCCCUGCCAUGCCCUUGGCCCUUCAGAACAUUUCCCUCAAGCACCUGGGAACUGAAAUACAAAACACCAUGCACAAUAUCCGGAGCAACAAGCAAGCCCAAGGAACAGGCCGUGGACCUCCAGGGGAAGAGUCUCCACAGAGCGGGGAGCCUCAGAGGGAGGAGCAGCCCUCAGCCCCUGACGCCAGCACCCCAGUGAGAGAGCCAGCAGAUUCUCCAAAGUCUGCACCCAAGUCUUCUCUGACCACCAACCUCAUUCAGAAAGCCAAGCGCCAGAACAACACCUUCCCGCUCUUUUCCGAAGGACUCACGCGGAACCGAACUGCCCAGGAGAAAGUGGUGGCCUUGGAGCAACAGGUUCUGAUGCUCACCAAGGAGUUAAAGUCUCAGAAGGAGCUGGUGCAGAUCCUGCACAAGGCGCUGGAGGCCGCCCAGCAGGAGAAGAGGGCGUCCAGCGCGUACCUGGCGGCGGCCGAGGACAAGGACCGGCUGGAGCUGGUGCGACACAAAGUGCGGCAGAUCGCGGAGCUGAGCGGGCGGGUGGAGGCGCUGGAGCACGAGCGGGAGCGCCUGGCGCACACGGCGGGCCUGCGCGAGCAGCAGGUGCAGGAGCUGCAGCAGCACGUGCAGCUGCUCAUGGACAAGAACCAGGCCAAGCAGCAGGUCAUCUGCCAGCUCUCUGAGAAGGUCACCCAGGACUUCAUACGCCUCCCUGACGAGCCCACCGUCCCCCCUGACGCCGCGGACAGGGACUUCCUGAGCCAGCAGGAGAGGCUGGAGCACCUAAAGGAUGACAUGGAAGCCUACCGGACCCAGAACCGCUUCCUGAACUCUGAGAUCCACCAGGUCACCAAGAUCUGGAGGAAGGUGGCGGAGAAGGAGAAGGCCCUCCUGAUGAAGUGCGCCUACCUGCAAGCCAGGAACUGCCAGGUGGAGAGCAAGUACCUGGCGGGGCUGCGGAGGCUGCAGGAGGCCGUGGGGGACGAGGCCGGCGAGUGCGCGGAGCUGCUGAGGCAGCUCACCCAGGAGGCACUGCAGUGGGAGGCCAGCGAGGCCGCCGAGGGCGUGGAAGUGAGCUCCAUCAGUGAGUAUGAUGAGUAUGGCUUCCUGAGGGUGCCCGACUACGAGGUAGAAGACCUGAAGCUGCUGGCCAAGAUCCAGGCGCUGGAGGUGCGUUCCCACCACCUGCUGUCCCUCGAGGCUGUGGAGCGGCCGCUGCGGGAACGCUGGGCUGCCCUAGCUGAGCUCGCGCCCUCGGCCGAGCUGAAGCAGCUGCUGCGGGCAGGAGUGCCCCACGAACACCGGCCGCGCGUCUGGAGGUGGCUGGUGCAUCGCCGCACCCAGCACCUACACACUCCCGGCUGCUACCAGGAGCUGCUGGGCCGGAGCCAGGCCAGCAAGCACCCUGCUGCCCGCCAGAUCGAGCUGGACCUGAACCGUACCUUCCCCAACAACAAGCACUUCACCUGUCCCACCUCCAGCUUCCCCGACAAGCUCCGCCGGGUGCUGCUGGCCUUCUCCUGGCAGAACCCCACCAUCGGCUACUGCCAGGGCCUGAACAGAGAGUCUGAGGCUUCAAAUGCUGUAGAGCGACAUCUCCCUGGCUGCUCUCAGGAGUACUUGGUCCACGAGGCCUCCGUGGGUGCAGCGUACAAAGGGACCUCCACGGACCCGCCGGGCAGCCCUGGGCUGGCGGCCAUCGCUCUGCUGGUCCUAGACGAGGAGGAGAGUGCCUUCUGGUGCCUGGUGGCCAUCGUGGAGACCAUAAUGCCCCCCGAUUACUACAGCAAGACACUGAUGGCGUCCCAGGUGGACCAGCGGGUGCUCCAGGACCUCUGCUCAGAGAAGCUGCCCCGGCUGAUGGCCCACCUGGGUCAGCACCGUGUGGACCUCUCCCUCAUCACCUUCAACUGGUUCCUGGUGGUCUUUGCAGACAGUCUCAUCAGCGACAUCCUCUUCCGGGUCUGGGAUGCCUUCCUGUACGAGGGGACCAAGGUGGUGUUCCGCUAUGCCUUGGCCAUUUUCAAGUACAACGAGGAGGAGAUCCUGAGGCUGCAGGACGGCCUGGAGAUCUACCAGUACCUGCGCCUCUUCACCAAGACCAUCUGCAACAGCCGGAAGCUGAUGAACAUCGCCUUCAACGACAUGAACCCCUUUUCCAUGAAACAGCUGCGGCAGCUGCGGACGGCGCACCGGGAGCGGCUGGAGUCCGAGCUGCGGGAGCUGGAGCGGCUCAAGGCCGAGUACCUGGAGAGGCGGGCAUCCCGGGGCAGAGCAGCGCCCGACGGCUGCGCCAGUGAGGACGAGGCGGAGGGGGAGGCCUGACGGGGCCACGUGCCCUCCCCAAAGCCUUCCUUACCCUUGGCUGGCACGCCCCUGGGAGUCAGCAUGGACCAGUGGUCCAGCCUGGGUAGCCUAUCUCCAUGCGACCCUGGACAAGUCCCUUCUCUCUAGGCCUCAGUCUCCCCACUGGGACAUUGUCUGCUGGGAAGCCAUUGGUUGGGUUACCUUUUGUGGGCACUUACCAGGGAUGCCAGCCCUUCCUGGCCUCUACACAGAGCACUUUAGCAUGUAAACAAGGAAGAAGAGUGCUGGCUUUAUAGGGUAACCUUGAACAUCGUUUGGGUUAUACCAAUAUAAACAAUGUAAAUGUUGGAAAUAGUUCACAACCUUUGGGAUUUAAA